AUGAAAGAAGAGGAAGAAGAAGAAGACGACUCCGCCGCCAUGUCCGUAAACGGAGCAUCGGCUGCUCCGAUCAACAGCGGCGGCAGCGAUGUGGCGAAGCACAACAACGACACGGGAAAGCGGCAACGCACCGACCGCUGUUUCUCCUUCAUGGAGAUCACGAUAGAACCAGGUACCAAAUCACUGAAACACCUGGAUUCGAAGAAAUUCAAGUCGGAGAUAAAGAGAUGGGCUAAAGCUGUUGUAACUUAUGCCCGUCAAGUCAGUCAACGGUUCGGGAGCUCCCGCAAGGCUCAGGAUUCCGGAGAACAAGUCGGGAGCUCCCUCCAGGCGAAAGAAGAUUGGAGCGACUACUCCUCCGAAAGUCUUGUUGGUCACCGUUAUUCCGGAGAAUUAAGAUGAGGUUCAAGAUUCCUGUUCAUGUCUCUUGAGAAUUUAACCCGAUGAAGACAGGAAAACGUACAUAGGAGAAAGAAUGAGAAAAAUACUUUCUUGAGGGAUCGGGGGCGUGAUUGAGCUGGGGAUGACCAAGGACUUCAAACAUGUCUGUACAUAGUUCGGCUCGUCGAAACAAUUUUAAUGAGAUACUAAUUCAGGUUCUGUGCA